ACUCUGAGGGGAUAUAAUUCUGAAAUCUUUGAUUAAGGACUCAUGCAUUGUGGAGGACCAAGACUGAGCAUUGACGCAUGGAGUCUUUGGAGUAAUUCAUGGGUUGGAAUAAAGGGUCAUGCAUUGUGGAGGACCAAGACUGAGCAUUAACGCAUUGAGUCGUUGGAGUAACUCAUGGGUUGGAAAAGACUGAGAUGAUGACUCCCUCUCUGUUUUUAACUUUAAAUAGGGAACCUAUCUACCUUCGCUUAUUCUUCAUCCCACAUUCUAUUCUAAGCCGCCCUCUUCCUGUUCUACCUACCUAGCUCCACUUUUUUUCUUUUCCAUUAAUCCUAAUUAGAAUGGGAAUUUAUCUCCCCUUUGCUCGUCUUCUCCUUUUCUUGAGCUUCUUCUACUUCUUCUUCCUCCUAUUACUGCUUUUGCCUCAGAUCCAAGCAGCUCAAGAGAGCCAUAUUUGCCUACAUGACCAGAAAUCUGCUCUCUUGCAAUUCCGGCAUGAGUUCAUCAUCACAGACAACAUUUCCUUCAGUUCAUGGGAACCGGGAACAGAUUGUUGCUCAUGGGAUGGCGUCACUUGUAACGUCACCACUGGUUACGUGAUUCGUCUCGACUUGAGUGGUAGUUUCGACUUCAAUUCCGACAUGAUCAAUUCCAAGCUCUCAGGACCUAUUUAUUCCAACAGCAGCCUCUUCGGCCUCCAUCAUCUCCAAAGGCUCAACCUUGCUUACAAUGACUUCAGGUUGGCUCCUAUCCCAUCUGGGUUUGAUCGUCUUCCAAGCUUGACUCAUCUCGACCUCUCCUAUUCCAAUUUCUCUGGUCAGAUACCCUGUGAAUUCUCACGCCUAACAAGGUUGGUUUCUCUUGAUCUCUCCACCUUUGACUUCGACUACUACGAUUACUACUGCUACAACUUCAAUAUCUGUCAUCGUAUUCUAAAACUGGAAAGACCAAACCUUAAGGAGUUGAUCCAGAAUCUGACAUCUCUUGUGGAACUAUACCUUGAUGGUGUAGACCUCUCUAGUCCUAGUUCUAGUCCUACACAGGGAAGCAACCGUCAUUGGUCUCAAGUCUUGCCGCAAUCACUUCCCAACCUUCGUUCAUUGAGUUUUUCUGGCUGUGGUCUUUCAGGUCCCAUUCACUCUUCUUUCUCGCAGCUUGUAUUCCUCGAGGAGCUCCGACUUGAUGGAAACUAUAAUCUUUCUCUUGAAGCACCCAACUUCUUGCCCCCCAAUUUCUCUCAAUUGAAAACUCUUAGUCUAAGCUCUUGUGGAUUGUAUGGGAAGUUCCCCAGCAGUGUUUUUCAACUACCCAAUCUUCAGAUCUUUGAUGUAUCAAACAAUUCUCUCCUCAAUGGUCAAUUGCCAGAUUUUCCACUUAACAAUUCCUUUCAGUUCAUAUCGCUCUCUGACACAAAUUUUUCAGGAGCGAUUCCAGAUUCUAUUGGAAAUCUUAGGUUUUUGACGACAUUACGACUUGAUGGUUGUAAUUUCUCCGGAUUGGUUUCACCUUUUCUAACCAAUCUCACCCAACUAACUGAGCUACACCUUUCCCACAAUAGUUUUACCGGUUCAGUCCCUAUGUUUAAUAAAGACACUGUUCCAAAUCUUACAUAUUUGGAAUUGUCUGACAAUCUUCUUGACGGGACAAUCCAUUCUUCUCUAUUUACACUCCCAUCAUUGUACAAAUUAUUUCUUUCAAAUAAUCAGCUUAGUGGUCGACUUGAUCAGUUGUUUCAUAAUUCAUCUCUUUCAUCAUCAUCAUUGGAAUUCAUGGAUUUGAGUGGAAACAAAUUGAAUGGACAAAUACCAACAUCAAUUUCUCAAUUCUCAAGUCUUUGGUUCCUCCUUCUGGGAUCCAACGAUUUUAGUGGCACUGUAAAACUGGAGGACACGUUUGGGAACCUUGAGAACCUUUCAUCUCUUGACCUGUCAAACAACAACCUAUUGUCACUUGAAUUUGGCAACGAUAGUUCUUUUCGUCCUCAGCUUUAUGAAUUGCAGUUGAUAUCUUGCCACAUCAAAGAAUUCCCAAAGUUCUUGAGAACUCAAGAGCAAUUGGAGUAUUUAGAUCUUUCAAACAACACCAUUUCUGGGCAAGUACCAAAUUGGAUAUGGAAGAAACAGUUACAGUAUUUGAAUCUUUCAUACAACUCUCUAAAUACUUUGGAGCUACCACUACUCCUAAAUUUUUCCUCAAGUCCAUUAAGUACUCUAGAUCUCAGCAACAACAAGCUACAAGGGUCUCUCCCAAUUCCCGCAUCAUCUAUCACAUUCUUUUCAAUUUCGAAUAAUAGCUUUGUUGGAAGAAUCCGUGAGUCAAUAUGCAAAUUGGGUGGACUACGAGUUUUUGAUGCCUCUCACAACACCUUGAGCGGUUCAAUUCCGGAAUGUCUAGGUAACAUUGGCACUCUCACUGUAUUGGAUGUACAAGGGAAUAGAUUUCACGGAAUGCCUCAAAAUUUUACAAAUGCUAGCAGCUUGAGGACACUCAAAAUGAAUGGAAAUAUUUUACAAGGGCAAGUGCCUAGGUCAUUGGCGAAUUGCACAUCACUAGAGGUUCUAGAUCUUGGGAAGAACAAGAUGUUUGAUACCUUCCCCUUUUGGUUGGGGAAAUUGCCUAUGUUGCGAGUUCUUGUAUUGCAUUCCAACAGAUUCUAUGGUCCUAUCAAACACCCUCGAACCCUGGAUGAAUUCCCGAUGUUGCAAAUUUUGGACCUCUCUUCCAAUACAUUUACAAGAAAUUUUCCAAUUGAAUACUUUGGAAGCUUGAAGGCAAUGAUGUUUAAAAAAGGGAACAAGUCAAAACCACAAUAUAUUGGAGAACAAUAUAUUGGAGAAUCCUACUACAGAGACUGUGACAAUCAUGAACAAAGGUCUAGAAAUGGAGCUAGUGAGGAUCUUGACCAUCUACACAGCUCUCGAUCUAUCCAACAAUAGAUUCCAGGGGGAGAUUCCAAAAGUGAUUGGAGAGCUUACAUCUCUUGUGGUUCUAAACAUGUCUCAAAAUGACCUAGUAGGCCAAAUCCCAUCAUCGAUAGGAAACAUGGAAGAGUUGGAGUCAUUGGAUCUCUCACAAAACAAGCUCUCAGGCCAGAUCCCUCGACAACUCGCUAAUCUUACCUUUCUUGCAUUCUUAAACCUCUCCCAAAAUCAUCUUGAGGGGCCUAUACCACGAGGCAAUAAAUUGGAGACGUUUUCAAACACUUCUUACAAUGCAAAUCCAGGAUUAUGUGGUUUUCCCUUAUCAAGGAAAUGCAGAGCUACCAGUGAUGAUAUGCCACCGCAAGGUCCACAAGGGGAGAGAUCAACAAAUGACUCCAAAUUUGAUUGGAAAUUCAUGUUGAUGGGUUAUGGAUGCGGUAUGGUAAUUGGAUUUGUCAUAGGAUAUAUCAUUUUCAAAGAUGAGUGGAUAAUAAGGAUUUUUAGAUUGGCACCAAUUGGGCGACGGAGAAAGUCCAAGGGAGGAAGAUUGAGAAGAUGAUGACAAAGUGAUAAAAAGAAGAUGGUGAGAGAUGAUCUAAAAAUCUUCUUCUUCUUUUUUCCCCUCUUUAUGUAAAUAAGUUAGCAACUUUUUUUCUUGGGGUGUUAAGAUUGUCUUGAGCUUGUUAUUGUGUAAUCCAAUCUUAAUAUGAGUAAUUUUGUUUACUAAAUUCAA